UACUGCGUUCGCGGAGGACGAGGGCGGAGCUGCCGGCGGCCCGGGCGGGCUGGCAGCUAGAGUGGGUGCGAGUACCGCCUCCGCCUCUGCCGCCUCCGCCGUCGCCUCCUCCGCCCGGGCGGUUCGCUGCUGCGCCGGGAGAGCGAGGCGGGGCCGCCGGGGCCGCCAUGGAGCCCGACUCGGUGAUUGAGGACAAGACCAUCGAGCUCAUGUUACCGAAGUGCAUGUUUGGGAUUUUGUGGAAGAAAGCUGGAUUCAGUAAACGGAAAGCAUCUGGGAAGCUGCUUGGCCGCCGUCUCGUCUCAGACUAGUCUGAGCGGGAGUCCCCCAUUCGUUCGGGAUUGGUGGAUCUGGAGCGCAGAGUGUUUCCCAGAACACUUCAGUUAUGGAGGAUCAAAAUGAAGAUGAGUCCCCCAAGAAAAGUGCUCUUUGGCAGAUAAGUAAUGGAACAUCCUCUGUGAUCGUCUCCAGAAAGAGGCCGUCGGAAGGAAACUACCAAAAAGAAAAGGACUUGUGCAUUAAGUACUUCGACCAGUGGUCCGAGUCCGAUCAAGUGGAGUUCGUGGAGCACCUCAUUUCCCGGAUGUGCCACUACCAGCAUGGACACAUCAACUCCUACCUGAAGCCCAUGUUGCAGCGGGACUUCAUCACCGCCUUACCAGAGCAAGGCUUAGAUCACAUAGCAGAGAACAUUCUUUCCUACCUGGACGCCAGGUCCCUGUGCGCGGCGGAGCUGGUGUGCAAAGAAUGGCAGCGCGUGAUCUCCGAAGGCAUGCUGUGGAAGAAGCUCAUUGAGCGGAUGGUGCGCACGGACCCCCUGUGGAAGGGGCUCUCGGAGAGACGAGGGUGGGAUCAGUACCUGUUUAAAAACAGACCUACGGAUGGCCCUCCCAAUUCGUUUUAUAGGUCGUUAUACCCAAAGAUCAUCCAGGAUAUAGAGACUAUAGAAUCUAACUGGCGGUGCGGACGGCACAACCUGCAGAGGAUCCAGUGCCGCUCGGAGAACAGUAAAGGCGUCUACUGCCUGCAGUACGACGACGAGAAGAUCAUCAGCGGGCUGCGGGACAACUCCAUCAAGAUCUGGGACAAAACCAGCCUGGAGUGCUUGAAAGUGCUGACGGGGCACACCGGCUCCGUGCUCUGUCUCCAGUACGACGAGCGUGUCAUCGUGACGGGCUCUUCGGACUCCACAGUGAGGGUCUGGGACGUGAACACGGGCGAGGUUCUGAACACGCUGAUCCACCACAACGAGGCCGUGCUGCACCUGCGCUUCAGCAACGGCCUCAUGGUCACCUGCUCCAAGGACCGCUCCAUCGCCGUGUGGGACAUGGCGUCUGCCACCGACAUCACUUUGCGGCGCGUCUUGGUCGGCCACCGUGCUGCCGUCAACGUGGUGGACUUCGACGAUAAGUACAUCGUGUCUGCCUCUGGUGACAGGACCAUCAAGGUCUGGAGCACGAGCACCUGCGAGUUUGUCCGCACUCUGAACGGGCACAAGCGCGGCAUCGCCUGUCUGCAGUACCGGGACCGGCUGGUGGUCAGCGGGUCGUCCGACAACACCAUCAGGCUCUGGGACAUCGAGUGUGGCGCCUGCUUGAGGGUCCUGGAGGGACACGAGGAGCUGGUGCGGUGCAUCCGGUUCGACAACAAGAGGAUCGUCAGUGGGGCCUACGACGGGAAAAUUAAAGUGUGGGACUUGCAAGCUGCUCUCGACCCUCGGGCCCCAGCGAGCACGCUGUGUCUGCGCACUCUGGUGGAACAUUCUGGACGUGUGUUUCGGCUACAGUUCGAUGAGUUUCAGAUCAUCAGCAGCUCUCACGAUGACACUAUUUUGAUUUGGGAUUUCCUAAACGUGCCUCCCAGCGCCCAGAGUGAGACCCGCUCGCCCUCCAGAACGUACACGUACAUCUCCAGAUAACAGUCUGCGCCCCGCCCGCUCCAGGGUUUCCUAGUCUUGAACUACUGGCUACACGGCUACCAAAUGCCUAAGGGAGUUCUUCACAGCUGAGUCUCGAAGCUGGAACUGGUUCUAGACGCUGGGUAGAUGCAAAGCAGCCUAACUCUUCAAGCACCGACCUUCCCCACCUCCGGCUCCGGCCUCCACUUUGAGAAGGACACCUUGGCCUCACCGACUCCAAGCAGGACAGCAGCCCAUCCCUCCCCCGUCCGUGAAAAAAACCGAAUGCUUCCCGUGUAACCUGUCCGUGUGAACGGAACACACAGGCUGUUCUCCGGAAGUAAAUUGACGGUCAAGAGAAGA